GCCACGACAAUUCGGAAGAGCCACGUCUACGACGACGGACGGACGGAUAAACUUGCCGGAACGAGAGAAACGGACUCAUUGCGCUUCCAAUCCGUCAGUGAUAACACGCCAGCCCACUGCCUCGUAAGGAUGCUACGAAAGUGCCUCAUUAUCCUGCCGGUGCUGCUGCUCGGCGCUCUCGCCGACGAGAAGGAUGUCUUGGAGCUCAGCGACGAGACCUUCGAGAGCGAGCUCGAGCGUCACGAGAACACACUCGUCAUGUUUUACGCACCAUGGUGCGGACACUGUAAGCGCCUGAAGCCGGAAUACGCAAAGGCAGCUGAGUUGCUCAUAGGCAGUGAGCCGCCGAUCACGCUCGCCAAGGUCGACUGUACGGAAGCUGGAAAGGAGACCUGCAACAAGUUCUCCGUCAACGGUUAUCCGACACUCAAGAUCUUCGAGCGUAAUGAGGUCAGGUCCGACUACAACGGUCCUAGGGAAGCAGCUGGCAUUGUCAAGUACAUGAAGUCUCAAGUGGGACCAGCGUCUAAGGAGUUGACCAGUGAAGAUGCUCAUAAGAUAUUCCUGGAAACCAAUGAGGUCACUGUGAUAGGUUACUUUGAAGACGAUUCUCCAUUAUCCACGGCAUACCACACCGUUUCCAAGAAGCUUCGAGAGAAGGUCAGAUUCGGUCACACGUCGGUGAAGGAGCUUCUGGACAAAGUGUCCGACAAGAACACUAUCGUUCUUUAUCGACCAAAAAUACUCCACAACAAAUUCGAAGAUAACAGCAUAACGUACAAAGGCGGCGAUUCUGUUAGUGACGUGAACGAAUUCAUCACCAAGAACUACUAUGGUAUUGCUGGCGUGCGCACCCGUGAUAAUUCACCAGACUUCAAAAACCCUCUGGUGGUCGCCUACUACAACGUAGAUUAUACGAAGAAUGCCAAGGGAACGAACUACUGGCGCAACAGGAUUCUCAAGGUUGCCAAGAAUUUCCCCACGCUUUCCUUUGCUAUUUCUUCUAAGGAUGACUUCCAGCACGAGCUGAACGACUUUGGCAUCGACUAUGCGAAGGGCGACAAACCGGUGAUUCUGGCGCGAAACGCCAAGAAUCAGAAGUUCGUUCUGAAAGACGAGUUUUCCAUGGAGACGUUCGAGACGUUCUUGAAGGAUCUGCAGGCGGGUGCUUUGGAGCCAUACCUCAAAUCCGAGCCGAUCCCGGAGAGCAAUACGGGCAACGUGAAAGUCGCGGUAGCCAAAAACUUCGACGAGGUGGUCACCGACAAUGGCAAGGACACGUUGAUCGAGUUUUAUGCACCUUGGUGCGGCCACUGUAAAAAGCUCGCACCGGUGUACGACGAGUUGGGUGAAAAGUUCGCGGACGAGGACGUCGAGAUCGUAAAGAUGGACGCCUCGGCGAAUGAUGUACCGGCACCGUACGAGGUGCACGGUUUCCCGACGCUCUACUGGGCGCCCAAAGACACCAAGGACAGCCCGGUCAAGUAUGAAGGCGGCCGCGAGCUCGAAGACUUUAUCAAAUACAUUGCCAAGCAUUCUACCGACGAGCUCAAGGGUUACGAUCGCAAGGGCAAAGCGAUCAAGCCUAGAACCGAUGAGCUCUAACCGACUAAACGAUCACCAAGUUCGUUCUUGCAUUUUUUCAAAUGCGCCAAUCGACGAGGCGGCCCGAGUUUUCCUUCACACGUAACAAGCAAGAGACUCGAGAAUGCGCGAAUGUGAAUAAACGGAGAAGUAACACUUAUAGUGAACAGGUAUAUCAUGAGUUCUUUGCGAAACAUUUUGCAAUAAGUGAAAAAUGAAUAGGAGAGAGAGAGGGGGAGAGGAAGUGUCUAGCAUAUAGGAUUGUCUACGUGUAUUAAUUGUACACUUUGUAACAAUAAUGUAUAAUAACGCGAUAAAGCGCGCAGAACUGAUUUGAAAUUUUUUCCCCAUAACAAUGCUUUUCGAGUUUUGGUGAAUUGUAAAAUUAUAUACGAGAAGCAACACUCCAUUCCACAAUUUCGCUUGUUUCGACUACGCUAAGUUAAGAGAUAAUGCAGCGAUUUUUGUUUAUAUAAAAAAUCCAGAAUAAAUUGUUUUAUAGAAAAA